AUGAACGCCAUGGCCGCCACCGCCACCGCCUCCACGUCGCUCCCGGCGAGGACCUUCUCAAGCGCCCGCCCCGUCGCAUGGAUCGCCGCCCGGUGCCUCCCAAGAAGGGCAGGAGGAGAGAGCAUGCUGUCGCCCUCCCCUCUCCGCUUCUCCGCCGUGAGAACGCGGCGAGCGGAGGCAGCUCGCGCGUCCGCGGCGGGCGCGGGCGGAGCGCCGGCUGCAGCCCUGCCGGCGGCGCUGCUCUUCGACUGCGACGGCGUGCUCGUGGACACCGAGAAGGACGGCCACCGCAUUUCCUUCAACGAGACGUUCGCCGAGAGAGAAUUAGGCGUGAGCUGGGAUGUUGAACUGUACGGAGAAUUGCUCAAGAUAGGUGGUGGGAAGGAAAGGAUGACAGCAUAUUUCAACAAGACAGAGUGGCCAGCUAAAGCGCCAAAGACUGACGAAGAAAGAAAGGAAUUUGUUGCUUCUCUUCACAAGAGGAAAACAGAAUUGUUUAUGGCCCUAAUUGAGAAGAAGUUGCUUCCUCUCCGUCCAGGCGUUCAAAGGUUAAUUGAUGAAGCUCUAGGAAAAGGGGUGAAAGUUGCAGUAUGCAGUACUUCAAAUGAGAAAGCUGUUUCAGCAAUAGUAGCGUGCUUACUGGGGCCUGACCGAGCAGAAAAGAUUACCAUAUUCGCUGGGGAUGUGGUUCCUCGCAAAAAACCUGAUCCGGCAAUCUACUUGCUAGCGGCAACUACAUUGGAAGUUGAUCCAUCUAGCUGUGUUGUUGUUGAAGACAGUAACAUAGGGCUUUCAGCAGCCAAAGCUGCUGGUAUGAAGUGCAUUGUAACAAAAAGCGGGUACACCGCAGAUGAGGACUUUGUGAUAGCGGAUGCUGUGUUUGAUUGCAUCGGCGACCCUCCAGAAGGGCGCUUUGAUUUAGAGUUCUGCGCCAACCUCCUCCAGAAACAAUUCGUGAGCUGA